AUGGCAUCCGCCACCACCUUCUACGAUUUCAAGCCAAACGACAAGAAGGGCCAACCAUACCCACUGGCUGAUUUCAAGGGCAAGGUCGUCCUUGUCGUCAACACUGCUUCCAAGUGCGGUUUCACCCCUCAGUUCGAAGGCCUGGAGAAGCUCUACAAAGGUAUCACCAUCACUCCCUUUCCCUUGACGUCUACGUCUACCUUGACGUCUCAACCUUGCAGGACUGACAUGACUCGGCAGAGCUCAAGCCCUCCCACCCUGACUUCGAGAUCAUCGGCUUCCCGUGCAACCAGUUUGGCAACCAGGACCCAGGUAGCAAUGAUGACAUUCAGAGCUUCUGUCAGCUCAACUACGGCGUUAGCUUUCCAGUCCUGGGCAAGACCGAUGUGAACGGCGACAAGGCCGAGCCUGUCUGGGAGUGGAUGAAGAAGAGCAAGCCGGGCAUCAUGGGCCUGCAGAGGGUCAAGUGGAACUUCGAGAAAUUCCUCGUCGGAAGAGACGGACAGGUCAAGCAGCGCUGGGCCAGCACCAGCGCUCCCGAAAAGUUGAAGUCUGCGAUUGAGGCAGAGUUGCAGAAGGGCUCGCCAACUGCUACGGAGGCAGAGAAACCCACCCCUACCUCGUGA